UGCUGAUCCUCAGCCAGGACAGCUUCUACAAGGUGCUGACCGCCGAGCAGCAGGCCAAGGCGCUCAAGGGACAGUACAACUUCGACCACCCGGAUGCUUUUGACAACGACUUGAUGCACACGACCCUGAAAAACAUUGUUGAGGGCAAAACAGUUGAGGUGCCGACGUACGACUUUGUGACGCAUUCGAGGCAGGCAGAGACAACAGUGGUCUAUCCCGCCGACGUUGUGCUCUUUGAGGGGAUCCUGGUUUUCUACAAUCAAGACAUUCGGGACAUGUUUCACCUCCGGCUCUUUGUUGACACGGAUUCCGACGUCCGGCUGUCCCGCAGAGUUCUGCGCGAUAUGAAACGUGGGAGGGACCUGGAGCAGAUCCUCACCCAGUACACCACGUUUGUCAAGCCUGCCUUUGAGGAGUUCUGCUUACCGACAAAGAAGUAUGCAGAUGUGAUCAUCCCCCGAGGAGUUGACAACAUGGUUGCUAUAAACCUCAUAGUGCAGCACAUUCAAGACAUCCUCAAUGGAGACAUCUGCAAGUGGCAGCGAGGAGCGAUGAACGGACACGGUCGGACCUACAAGCGCCCAUUCCCGGAGCAAACAGAGAGCAGCAGCGUGCUUGCAGCCGGGAAGCGUUCCCACCUGGAAUCCAGCAGCCGUCCGCACUAACCCCUCAGUGUCUGAAGGAUCUGCCAGGCCAACGAUGAAGACAACUUUGGGAAAGGACUUCCACAGAAUGGUUGGUGAAGUGCCCUUCAAAUCAUCCUAGC